GGUCUACAUAUCGCGAGUCAAUCGCACCGAGCGGUGAGCCACUCGAGACUCGACGCCACUUGACCAUUGAGAAAAAUGAAGAUACACUUACAAUUCUACAAGUACAGUGAUUAUAUUUUUAGAGAAUGUGGUGUGUGUGAUUAUGGUGAAGUUUAACAUGAUGAAACUGUGAGCCUAGCAUGUAAACUGAUAGUGAACGUAAUAAUAACGAUAAUAAUAUUAUUGCUGUGGAACCUAUUCUGUAUAAUUACCGAAAAUUGUUUUGAUCAUCUAAAAUAUGAGUGUCGAGGAGAGACUUGUCACUGAGGUACCUAGUAGCUUGAAGAAACUGGCACGUCUUGUAGUACGUGGGUUUUACACGAUUGAAGAUGCUUUGAUUGUGGAUAUGUUGGUCAGAAAUCCAUGUAUGAAAGAAGAUGACAUUUGUGAAUUACUUAAAUUUGAACGAAAGAUGUUAAGAGCUAGGAUAUCUACACUGCGAAGUGAUAAGUUUAUUCAAGUGAGAUUGAAGAUGGAGACAGGGUUAGAUGGCAAAGCACAGAAAGUCAACUAUUACUUUAUUAAUUAUAAAACGUUCGUAAAUGUAGUGAAGUAUAAACUUGAUCUAAUGAGAAAGAGAAUGGAAACUGAGGAGAGAGAUGCAACUAGUAGAGCCAGCUUUAAGUGUCCAAGUUGUUUAAAGACAUUUACUGAUCUCGAAGCAGAUCAACUGUUUGACAUGAGAACUGGUGAGUUUAGAUGUACAUAUUGUCGAGAGAUAGUGGAAGAAGAUCAGUCUGCUCUUCCAAAGAAAGAUUCCAGAUUAUUAUUAGCAAAGUUUAAUGUACAGUUGGAGCCACUGUAUAUACUAUUAAGGGAAGUAGAAGGGAUCAAAUUGGCGCCUGAAAUACUGGAACCAGAACCCAUUGAUAUCAAUACUAUUCGAGGUGUCGACACAAGAAAACCGAGCAGUCUUAGGGCACCUAGUGAACAGUGGUCAGGUGAAGCUACCAGAAUGACAGGCUUCAUAGUGGAGGACACCAGAGUGGACGUUACUAUUGGAGAUGAAUCUCCCGAUGACAAUGCGUCGAAUCACAGAAAAGAGAGACCCAUAUGGAUGAUGGAAAGCACAAUUAUUAAUUCUGACGGUUCACAGCCUGAUGGCGUGAAUACGCAAGAUAGCAUUUUGGAUAAAGCUGCAGCCACUGCCACAAACACGACUACGACGAAUAAUAAGCAAGGCGAGGACAUCAUGUCGGUGUUGUUGGCUCACGAGAAGAAGGGCGGUACCAAUUCCAUGGCAUCUAUUAAAGCAGCGCUUCCACAGGAAUCCAGUGAUAGCAGCGAGAAUGAGGAGGACGAAAUGCAGGCAGUUGAUAUCGGUGAGAUAGAGGCGAUGGAUUCUGAGGAUGAUGAACUAGUACCGACCGUCAGUGUCGGUGGCAAAACCGUCGCAAUCACUGAUGUUAACGACAUCUUGAUUGCGGAAAUGACGCCCAUAGAGAAGGAGUCUUAUAUCCAGACAUACCAAGAAUAUUAUUCGCAUAUGUACGACUAG